AUGACGGAACAAAGAGGAGAGCGGGAAGGAAUGGGAGAUGAAAUUGACAGUGAACUGCUUAAGAUAGGAGAGAACGGCGAAUACAAUGAGUUCGUGGGGUGUCCGUCGGUGAUCGACGAGUCAACACAGCAGCAUCUUGAGCCGGAAACAUUAGUGCCGGAAUUUGGGACGCUGGUAUGGGCGCUGGCCGUGUGCGCAUGCGCAGCUGGCGCAGUGUCCCUGGGCUGGCAGGCGUGGCGCAAGUUCGCGGACAGCCCCAUCGUGACCUCUGUGGAGUCGACGGUAUACCCACUGUCCCGUCUGCCCUUCCCCAGCGUCACCGUCUGCCCCUCCAUGUGCGUCCGCAAGUCCGUCGCCAUUCGCAGUCUUCGCAGGUCAAUGAUAUGUAAUAAACAUAAUGUUUAUACAUUUAUAGCUCAUUAUGAUAAAGUUUAUGAUUCACAACUGAUUCUGAAGUACUGUGUUGAAAAUACAAUAAAGGCUGAUCUCGGCUUUCUGACUGCCGAGGAGGACGGGAAGCCAGAAUCCUGGACGUAUGUGGCUAAGUGUAAGUGCCAAUUGGAAGAGGAGUUGAAGAACGUGCGCGAUCUAAAGUACACCGUGGUGCGCCCCGGCAUUGUGUACGGGCUCGGCGAUCGCCACGGCCUCGCCCCGAGGCUGGUCAUCGGUGCCAUAUACAGGCACCUCGGAGAGAUGAUGAAACUGCUGUGGGGUCGCGACCUACGCAUGAAUACAGUCCACGUGGAAGACGUUUGCCGUGCGAUAUUGCACUUGGCACAACGCGAUGACACUGUCGGACAGGUUUACCACGUCGUCGAUUCGAGAGAUACGACGCAAGGAGAUAUCAGCUCCGUUGUGUCAGACCUCCUUGACAUCAAUCACGAUUACUGGGGCAAUACUCUGUCCAGCAUCUGCAAGUUGUUUCAGGCGGACAUGUCCAGUGUGGUGGAGGAGGUGAACGACAAGCACAUGGGCCCGUGGGCCGAGGCUUGCGCCCGGGACGGUGUGGAGAACACUCCGCUGACGCCGUACAUUGACCAGGCUUUGUACAACAAGCACCUCUACCUGGACAAGCAGCUGCUCGGAACAGGCUUCGAACUGUCUGUGCCGAGGCUGUCAAAAGAUAAGCUGAAAGAGAUCCUUACAGACUACUCGUCAAUGAAGCUGUUCCCGCACUCCCUGAUUUUGUGAUGCCGCAGUCUGCCACGAGUUCUGUGCUGUUCUCCGCUCCUCACCUGCUAGCCUAGCCUGCGAUGUGGAUUCGGGACGGUCAC